AUGUCUAGUGCUGAGGUUGAUGAUGGAGGAUCUUUAGCACAUAUAACAUCUAUAUCUCGCCCUCACAGCCCUUCGAAAGAUUCCCCGCCUGUAGUCUGCGUCUUCUGUGGCUCUUCUCCUGGCACAAACCCUCAGCACAUCGCAGCCGCAAAGUCCCUAGGUGAAGCUCUUCACGCACAUGGGAUCAAUUUAGUCUAUGGUGGUGGAACUACAGGCCUGAUGGGUGAGGUAGCGCGGACUGUCGUCGCGCUUUCCGGUCCAGGAGCCGUUCACGGUGUCAUUCCAGACGCACUUAUUCAAUUCGAGCAACAGGGCCGGCCGGAGCACAAGGAUGUCCUUACAAAAGAAAGUGGGACCUCAGCACUUGACGAGAAGAUCUACGGUAGAACGACAGUUGUGCCGGAUAUGCACACAAGAAAGCAAUUAAUGGCAAAGAAGGUCAUUGAAGGGGGCCCGGGCAGCGGUUUUGUCGCUUUGAGUGGCGGGUUCGGAACAAUGGAAGAACUGAUGGAAGUCACGACAUGGAAUCUAUUAAGAAUACACGACAAGCCUGUUGUCAUGUUGAACGUGGACGGGUACUACGACGGACUUAUCACCUGGGUCAAGCGAGCGGUGACUGAUGGUUUCGUCGCGCCGGGAAAUGCAGGGAUCCUUGUGGAAGCGCUGAGCGUCGAUGAAUGUUUGCAAGCAUUGAGGGAAUAUAAGGUCUGUGAGGGACGAUUAAAGCUGGAUUGGACUCAAAAAUGA